AAUGACAGGGAACUGAUACAGUUUACCGCAGUGUCGCAACCAGGAUGAAGCGUCCAGGUUUCGGGUUGUCCACCUUCAGCGGUGUCUUCAUGGUCUGGACAUUGUUUUCGGUGCUUAUUGUCUUCUCAUACCCUCUUGAAGGGGAUAGAGAUGCGCCCGAGCUGAGGUUCGUGGAGGAGUUUGAUCGGUUGAAGCUCGGGUUCAGCUGGCACAACAUGUCCUGCGCGGUGUGUAAAGCGAUCUUCGCCUCGGUUGAUAUCGCGCUGCUGAGUGAUUCAAACAAGGAGCGUGUGGCACGUGUUCUGGGAGAUGCCUGUGUCCGACUGCACCUCGCUGAUCCAGAUGUAUGCCGAGAGAUCACUGAGCUCUUCCGAGAAGAUUUCAUCCGUGCGCUGCAGGAGUCCUUCCUCUGGCCCUCGGAGGCUUGCGCUCUGCUGGUUGGACCUGCAUGUGGCCAUUUUGAUAUUUAUGCCCCCUGGAAUGUAUCCCUGCCACGGGUCCCCAAACCCCCAAUUAACCCACCCACCCCUCCCAAACCAGGCUCUCCACAGAGCAGGAUCCUGUUCCUCACAGAUAUCCACUGGGAUGCGGAGUACGCUCAAGGCAGCCUUGUAGAUUGUAAGAAGCCACUGUGCUGUCGAAAUGACUCCGGAAGGGCCAGUUGGAAGCACAGUGGAGCCGGAUACUGGGGCACAUAUGGCAAAUGUGACCUGCCUCUACGCACAGUGGAGAAUCUCCUCCAAACGUUAGCCAAAUCCGGCCCAUGGGAUUGGGUGUACUGGACAGGAGACAUUCCAGCACACAACGUCUGGUCUCAGUCCCGGAAACAACAGCUGAACGAGCUCACCAUCAUCACUAGACUGAUACUCAAACACCUGGGGCCUAAUGUAACCGUGUACCCAUCUGUUGGGAAUCACGAGAGCACUCCGGUGAAUAGUUUCCCACCUCCGUUUGUACAUGGGAAUUGGUCGUCCCGCUGGCUGUAUGACACUAUGGCGAAGGAGUGGGCAUCCUGGCUGCCUGAGGAAGCACUCGAGACCAUACGGCGUGGAGGGUUCUACACUGUGGAAGUUCAGCGUGGUUUGAGGCUGGUGUCUCUGAACAUGAACUUCUGUGCACGAGAGAACUACUGGCUGAUGGUGAACUCCACGGACCCGGCUGAUCAGCUCCAGUGGCUCAUUCACAUACUACAAGAGUCUGAGAACAAGGGAGAGAAGGUCCACAUCAUCGGUCACAUUCCCCCGGGUCUCUGCCUGAGCAGUUGGAGUUGGAACUACUAUCAUAUAGUCAACAGAUAUGAAAGCACCAUAACUGGUCAGUUUUUCGGACACACUCACGUCGAUGAGUUUCAGAUGUUCUAUGAUGAGGAAACAAUGACCCGUCCACUGAGUGUGGCUUUCAUUGCCCCGAGUGUGACCACUUAUGUCAACCUGAACCCAGGAUAUCGUGUUUAUUACGUGGAUGGAAACUACCCAGGCAGCAGUCGCAUGGUUUUGGAUCACGAGACCUUUAUUCUCAACCUGACUCUUGCCAACAAACGGCCCUCAAAACCCUACCCCAGCCCAUCAUGGACCUUGCUGUACCGCGCCUCUGAGGCCUACGGUUUGUCCACACUCUUCCCAGCAGACAUGGACGGUUUGAUCAAAAUCAUGGUGAAUGAUGACCGUGUCUUCCAGCGCUUCUGGUACCUCUUUCAUAAAGGCCACGUAUCAAAGCCCUGCACAGACACUUGCAAGACUUCACUAAUCUGUCUCCUGCACAGCGGGCGAUACGACAUUUUAAUACAAUGUGAUGUGCUACACGGAGAUAAGCACUCUUUUAGGAAAACAAUGUGUUGAGAAAAUAUAAAAAAUGGCCAUAGAGCUCUAAUGGGUUUAAUACCAAA